AUGAGAACUCGAACCUCCUGGCUGUAACCCGAGCCCUUGUUGCCAUGGACGCAGCGCAGGUGUGCGCUGGCACCUGACGUUUCCCGCGGCCCCCCCUCCUCCCGGAGGUGGAGGCGGGGGCGUUGUGGCCUCCUCCCCCGGCUCCUCCUCCUCCAUCAUGCCGGGCAGACAGAAGCAGCUCCUCUUCUCCGUGUGCGGGCUCCUCGGCCUCUCCUGCGCGCUCACGGCCGCGGUGGCCACCGGCCUGCCGCUCUGGCUCCGCGGGGCCGUGCUGUGCCGCACCGGGGCCGAGCUCGUCAACGCCACCGGGGCCGAGCUGGACAAGUUCGUGGGCGAGCUGAGCUACGGGCUGUUCCACGGACAGCGCGUGAAGCAGUGUGGGCUGGGGGGCCGCGCGGCGCGCUUCUCCUUCUUCCCUGACCUCCUGAGCGCCAUCCCCACGGGCCUCCACGUCACCGUCAUCUUCUUCUGUGGUGUUGUGACGCUCUUCUCCUGCGUGGCCACCGGCUUCUUCUUCUUCAACGCCUUCGGCCGACCCUACGAGACGCUGCAAGGCCCCGUGGGACUUUACCUGUGGACCUUCAUCACCUGUGUCAGCAGCUGCCUCGUCAUGGUCCUGUUUGUGUCGGAGGUAAAGCUCGGUCGUCUGUCCGAGCGGAUCGCCAACUUCAACGAGGGGAAUUUCAUCUUCCAGACGUACGCCGAGCGCUACGACCGAUGCUUCUGGCUCUUCUUCCUCAUCUUCCUCCUUCAGGGGCUGAACGCCCUGCUGGUCCGACUGGCGGGAAUCCAGUUUCCCUUUCAGCAAAACAAAGAGGUGGAGCUGAGCGGCGGGGCGGCCGACCUCAUGUACUGAGAGGAGCGCGACUCAGCGGGAAGACGGCCCGAACGCCAGACUUCAUCAGCCGCCACUUCCUGUCGCUGCAGCUCUGUCGGAAGGCUUUCCUUCAUGUUUGUUCCACGCUGACGAAGCCGAACCCUCGCUCUUCAUCGGCGUGAGGGCGUUUCCCUCGGUAACAGCGGUGACGCUGAACUACGAACAGUUGGUAGAUUUGAAAUGUUACUCUGUGGUCGACGACGCUGUCGCGCUCUGUGUCUUCAUCUGUGAUGUUUAGGUCCUCGCUGGCUCACUCGUCCUUUAGCUUCUUGUGUUUCACUGAUCGCGAUGACGAUGCGUCCGGCGCCGAGCCCGUCCUGAUCCGAGGACAGGCGACGCCUCGGCGCUGCCGUGUUGUUGUGGGAACGUGAUCGUUGAACGCAGAGGAAGGUUUUGGACAGUGAACCAUUGAAGUGUGUUUCUGUGCAUCACGAGCUCCAUCUGCCUGAAAAUAAAACUAUCUGAGCGUU